UUUGAUAUUCCCGCGACCAGAUUUUAAGUUUGAAUUAACUAACUUUAAAAGUCAAGCAUUUAAGUUGUUUGUAUUGGUAUUUAUCAUUAUUUAUCAAUUAUUAUUUUUUAACACUUUUGAUUUUUGAAUGAAGCUUAUCUCUGAAGCUUGCUUUAAAGUUUUCCAUUAUGAGUGUUACCGCCAACACGGAUGAAGAAUGGGAAUUUUCCAAAGAAAAUAUUCAACCUUUGCAACAUGGACGUAAACCUGAUAUUUUAAAACUUGCUUUGCGUGAACAUCCUGACGAUCCCAUACAACAGCAACAACAAGCCUUUGAAAAUGAACUGCGUACCUAUUCUGGUGAUGAUCCUCUCUCUGUAUGGUUUGAAUAUAUCAACUGGAUUGAGCAAAACUUUUUAAAAGGUGGUAGAGAUGGACAUUAUGAAGAUCUUGUUAAAAAAUGUGUAACUAUGUUCAAAGAUGAUAAAAGAUACUGUAAUGAUAAGCGCUUCAUUGCUGUAUGGUUAAAGUUUGCUAAUGUUUCUGGCAAACCUUUUGAAGUGUUUAAUUACAUGUUCAGUCAUAAUAUUGGCUGCUAUACAGCAAGCUUUUAUAUUGCUUGGUCCUGGAAACUAGAACAGCAAGAUAAUAUUAAAAAAGCUAAUCAAGUAUUAUGUGAAGGUGUAAACAGAAAUGCUGAUCCUAUAGAAAAGCUAAAAUCAUAUUUGUCUGAUUUUGAAAUAAGAGUUUCACGAAGUAUUUCAGAACAUUUAACAACUAGACAAAGUCCUGGUGCUGAAAAUCACCGUUCAGCUUUUAGCAUUUUGAAAACUCAUAAAAAAGCUGCUCCUAUUCAGAGAACAGGAGAAACAGUAAUGCCACCAAUCCGAUCUGCCAUGACCAUUGGCCAUUCUCAACCGGCACCAAAAAAUGAGUGGGAGUCUUGCUCAAAGAUGCCAUUCAAAAUUUUUAGCAACGAAGCACCUGCUCCUUCUCUUCCUGUCCAAAAAAUAGGUAGUAUGCCUUUUAUUUUUCAUGUAAAUUCUGCAAAAGAAAAUGAACUAAAGCCUAGUAAAUGGAAUAAAGUUAAAGUUAAGCAGACAGUGCCUAUUACCCAGUCAUCUUCAAGCAAAAAUUUAAAUUUUGAUUUUCAUCAUGAUGAAGCACCUCAACCCAUUAGCACACCUAGACCAAUACCAAAAGUUUCAAAUGUCUUGCGUUCGCACCACCAUUCUAAAAGUCCUCAAAUGGCUUUGUUUGAACCUCUAGAUCCAAUGAAACAGCCUAUGUAUGAUAGAAAUAAAGUGUAUGGCGGAGCAGAGGAGUUUUCACUGGAGGAAAUUAGAGCUGCUGCCUGGUUAAAAAAGCACAAUUUAUUUGAAUCAGAAGGAAACUGUUGUAAUUCAGCUAAAAACUCUCAUGACUCUGCAGUUAAAAAGGAUUUGGGAUUUGCUAUUUAUUCUGAUGAAAAUAAGCAAGCGACUCCUUCAGGAAAACAAAUCAAUCAAGUUGAAAGUCCUGAAAGAGUUUUGUUUUCUCCGGUAAAUACCAUGAAACGUCCCAUUUAUGAUCGAGAUAUAUUUUAUAAAGGUAAGGAAGAGUUAUCUUUUGAAGAAAUUAAAGCAAAUGCAUGGUUUACAUCUAAUAAUAAACUGAUUGAAAAAAAUCAAGAGGAACAAAAAAUUUUUCAACAAAGUACAUGUCUGAACAAAGCUGAUGAAAGUGAAUGUCAGAAUCAUAAUUUGUUCAAUAAUUCUAAAAAUCCUUCAUCUUCAAUAUACACUGAAUCUAAAGAAGUAACUGAAAACAAAGAAUUCCUGAAUAGCGACUUGCUUUCAUCCCAGUUUCAGCAGAACACUCAAAACAUCUUUAACUUUGAAAAUCAAAAUGUAAAAGUUAAAAGUGAACUUGAUUUUUCCUGCCCUGAUUCACUUAAUAAUUCAAAUUUAAAAACUAUUCAUAGUCAAUAUGAUAGCAUGAAUCAACAGUUUGAAAAGAUGCCAUCAGAAGGUCUCUCAACACAAAAUCUCACAGAAAAUUUGCAAGGAAAAUGCUCUAACUCAACGAGUUAUCGUGAAGCUGCAAACAUGCUUGAAGAACUUUAUAAUGGAACAAUUGCUAACCCUAUUGAUGCUAUUUUAAAGAAUGAAUAUCUUUUGGCCACUGAAGCCAACAAUUCUUCCAUUAAUUGCAAUCAACUAAAUACUGGUACAAAUCAAAUGAAGUUACCUUUUACAUUAUUUCAGGACCCUACUGAAAAUAAUUUUGCACAAAAUGUUAACCUGGUGGAUUCUAAUCCUAAAAUGAAUGCAAAUGAAGGAAAAUCACCUUUGAAGUUCUUUCAGGUAGAUGGUAAUUUCAUGCAAAACAAUGAUAAUAUGGAAGUAUUAAAGGAAAAUUUGCCCAUUAAAUCGAAUCUACCUUUUAUCUUUUAUGAAGAUCCUAUAGAGAACAUUUUGAAAAAUCCAGUUCCUGAAAUUGAAUCUGAGAUGAUGAAUGAUGAAAAUGCUGAAAAUAUACCUCCUAAAGAUUAUAUUCAAAACUCAACAGAAAGGGAAAAGAGUGGAAUACUAACACCUGCUCAAAAUGUAACGUUUAUUCCGCUGGAGCUUCAAGAGACUGAGGAGAUAGACAUAGAUCCAGAAGAUAUUCAGGAGAUUGACUUAGAUCCAGCAGAUAUUCAACUUAAUAAAUGUUCACUGCAGAAUGAAACUUUAUUUCCUCCUUGUAAUACUGAACAAUUUAUUUCAGCACCAUUUAUAUCAUCAACUCCUUUCACGUCAGCUAAAAACAAUAAAAAACCUAAAGUACAAAUUUCAGAAGACACCUACAACUAUAGGUGCCUUAUAAGCAAUACUAAGGAAGAACAUCUUGCGUCUGCUUCUCAAGGUGUGGUAGAUCCUGCUACUGAAAAACAAUUUUAUCGUCCUGAAAAAAUAAAUGUUGUGACCAGACCAAUCAACAACUUGAGUAUGAUUAUGGAAUCGAGUAAGGAAAGUUAUAAAUCUUCUGCUUCGUCUGGCAGCUCAGCCAGUGCUACAAGGUUAAGUCAGUUUGAUCAGUGUCAUAGCUAUGAAAAAAGCAACAUCACCCAUAAAGAGUACUCCAGGGUAGAUACAUUUAAGGAACCUAAACCUGUGACUAGUGAACAUAGUAUUACAAAUAUUAAAAAGUCAGUUCAAGUUUCUGAAGCUAACGUUGAAAAACUGAAAUUAGCAUUGUAUGAAAAUGUCGACGAUCCUUUUGAUAAUCAAUUAACAGAAAAGCUAUUGCAAUCUUUAAAGCAACCACCUAAUUAUCAUAGAAUAGUGGAUAUUUCUGAAAAAAAGUUCAAAUUCUUGAAAGUAGGUGAUGUAUUUGAAGUAAAACAAGAAAAAUUCACAGUUGAAAGCAUGGUUGCUGAAGGUGCAUAUGGUAAAGUCUUUGUUGCAGACAAAGAACCUUCACUGCAUGGUUUUCAUCAUUCAUUUCCCUCUAAAGUAGCACUUAAGGCUUGUAAGCAUAGUAAUGAAUGGGAAUUGUACAUUUGUUUCAUAUUGCAGGAAAGAUUACUUCACAUGAAUUUGAUUCCUGAUGUCAGACUUUCAGCUAUGGAUAUUCUUGCUGCAAAGAAGUUCAGUGAUGGUAUGAUUUUGGUGACUGAAUACUUUCCUCAAGGAACUUUAUUAGAUUUAGUAAAUUCCUUCAAGAAAGAUAAUAAGUUAGUCCCAGAACCCUUGGCUCUAUAUUUAACAUUGGAAUUGCUACUAAUUAUGCUUAAAAUCCAUGAAUGCAAAAUUGUUCACACUGAUAUCAAGCCCGAUAAUAUUCUAGUUCGCAGUAUUUCUGACAAUUUUGAAUUGGAAAGCAUUGAUAAAGGAACAAGUCUUCUUCAAUUCAUAGAUUUUGGUCGCAGCAUUGAUCUAACUUUUUUUGAAAGUGGCGUAUGUUUCACUACUCCUGUGAGGAAUAGAUGCUAUGAGAUUCUUGAAAACAAACCAUGGGUUUUUCAACUCGAUUGGUGUGGCAUACUAGAUUGCAUUCAUACUUUAGUGUUUCAAGAUUAUAUGAAAGUAAAGAAAAAUGAAAGUGGGAGAUGGUGCAUAGAAAAAAGAUUUAAAAGGUAUCAGGCACAUGAUAUAUGGUCUCCUCUUUUUGAUGAACUUUUGAAUAUACCAGCCUGCUAUGAAGAACCAAACAUAUCAGAACAUGUAGCUCGUAUCAAAGCCAAACUACUUCAAGCUCCAGAAAAUAUUAAAACUAUUUUGAAAAACCUUAGAAGUAAACAUCAAAAAUAACUUUUCUUUUUUUUCCUUCUCUUCUGAUUUUUAUGGAUUACGACCGAACUUUAAAAUCAUCUCUAAACUAUUGCAUUUAUUAUGAAAUAAGAAUUUAUUAGUUUUUUGUAGUGUACUACCUAUGCAUAUUGUGCAUAUAGGUAUAACAGAGAACAAGUGUUACAGUUCUAAGUGUAACAGUGUAUUUUAAAAUCCAUAUAAUUUAUGUACCUUUUUUAAUAUUGCAUCUUUAUGUUUAUAUCUAUCACUAAUUUUUUAAGUUAUUUUCUGUAUUGAAUAUGUGUUCCUGUUUUAAAAUAAUAAAAUCAUUUUAUAUUAGUUGUA